UUGACCCAGCUUAGUAGCCGUAGUCCGCUGCCGGAGUGCCAGCAGUGGGGGAUUCUGGGAGAAAAUGGCGGCCGCCGUUCACCCCCGGCUUGCCCGGGCCCUGCCAAUGUCACGUUCUCCUAUUACUGCAACAGCCACAUCCAUGUUUCAUGGCUCACCCCAGCACCAGCUUCAUCAUGCCCUCAUACCUCAUGGAAAAGGUGGGCGAUCCUCAGUCAGUGGGGUUGUGGCCACUGUGUUUGGGGCAACAGGAUUCCUGGGCCGCUAUGUUGUCAACCACCUUGGACGUAUGGGGUCACAGGUGAUCGUACCUUAUCGGUGUGAUUCAUAUGACAUCAUGCAUCUUCGUCCCAUGGGUGACUUGGGUCAGAUUAUCUUUCUGGAGUGGAAUGGGAGAAACAGAGAUUCUAUCCAAAGAGCAGUGAAGCACAGCAAUGUGGUCAUCAAUCUUGUUGGGCGAGAAUGGGAAACCAAAAACUUUGACUUUGAGGAUGUUUUUGUAAAGAUUCCCCAAACAAUUGCUCAAGUGUCCAAGGAAGCUGGAGUUGAAAAAUUCAUUCAUGUUUCACAUCUGAAUGCCGAUAUUAAAAGCUCUUCUAGGUAUAUGAGAAAUAAGGCUGUUGGAGAGAAAGAAGUGAGAGAGGCAUUUCCAGAAGCCACUAUCAUAAAACCGUCGGACAUCUUUGGAAGAGAGGAUAGAUUCCUCAAUUAUUUUGCAAAUGCUCGUUGGUUUGGUGGUGUACCUCUUACUGCCUUGGGCAAGAAGACAGUGAAACAGCCCGUGUGUGUUGUAGAUGUAUCCAAAGGAAUUGUUAAUGCCCUUAAAGAUUCAGAAGCCAGAGGUAAAACUUUUGCCUUUGUUGGGCCCAAUCGGUAUGUGCUUUUUGACCUGGUGCAAUAUAUUUUUGCUGUGGCUCACAGACCCUUCCUCCCAUAUCCUUUGCCACGUUUUGCCUAUCAACUGCUAGCACGACUCUUUGAAAUGAGUCCAUUUGAGCCCUGGACAACGAAGGAUAAAGUGGAGCGGGUUCACAUCACAGAUAUGACAUUGCCUCAUCUGCCCGGCUUGGAGGACCUCGGUAUUCAGGCAACACCCCUGGAGCUCAAGGCCAUAGAGGUGCUGCGACGUCACCGCACUUACCGCUGGCUGUCUUCUGAAAUUGAAGAUGUGAAGCCAGCCAAGACUGUUAACAUUUAGUGGCCCUUGAACUGCCCUCGAUUUUUGGUGUUUUGGGUCACCUGGCUAGUGACCAGCCCACUUUCAUCAGAGAAUCCUGUACAUAGUGAAUAAGAUCCCCCAUUAAAAUAUCUGAGAUUAAAGUCUG